AUGAGGUUCCUGAUAGUGGCGUCAAUGGCCCUUCUGGCAAUGAGCGUGAGUGCUCAAGAGAUCAGUACAACAGCCGAAGUGCUUCAGAAGAUUUACUACAGGUGUGUGGACAGUGAGUCGAUGCUGUCGUGCGUGAAGCCAAAGGUCCUGGCUUACUUGAGCGAUGUGAUCAAACAGGAGAGGGUGUCCAUUACUGAGGACCUCGCUGUGGUUCGCGCCAGGGAGAUGUCUUUCGAGAACGAAGACUACUCGCAGUACGAGGGAGUCGAUCCAGAUAGGAAAGAACUCCUUCGUUCACUGAUGCUGGAGAAGCUCGACGCCUACCUCGCUAGUCACAAACUCGAAGCCAAACUUCCAGAAGCUAUUGCCGGGUCGAACAUCGUUCCGAGAUCUCUGGUGGACUCUGUACCAAAGAGCUUGAGCAUUCCUCUCUCAGACGUCUCGAAUGGACAGGGCCGUGGAUUCGUAAAGAAAGUCAUGAUUCCCUUCCUCCUGGGACUGAAGUUCAAGGCGACGGCGCUGGUUCCCCUGGCUCUUGCCCUCAUCGCCCUCAAGACGUGGAAGGCCCUCACACUUGGUCUUCUCUCCAUGGUCCUCAGUGGAGCCAUGCUCAUCUUCAAACUCACCAAGCCCAAGGUUGCUUACGAAGUCGUACACUACGGGCAUCCCCCCGUUGAGCACGCCGCUCCGCACUGGGACACUGCACCCAAUGGACCCUACCGCGCGUACCGAAAAUAG